CUUGCCAUUAGUUGAUUCUACUUUAUAACUCGACUAGUUAGAAAUGGCUGAAACCCAGUCGACAACACAGCCAAUCGCUCUUCCGACUUCAGCAUCACAUUCGUUGUCCUCGUCUUCGUCCAAUCCUCAAGACUUUAGCAUGGACGUUGGUUCAUUCACCGGCUCGUCGUCGGGGCCCUUCAACCCGGCCUCAUACACAAGACAUUUCAUCGGUUCUCCCAUCUCCUGGCGAGCGGGUUCCUAUGGAAUGUCCAUGAUGGCCACUUCGACUGGCAACCCUUCUUCAUGGUCCUCAAGAUUCCCCGUCGGUUCCCCAACCCACCAGCUUCUCAGCUCAUGGGAAGCAGGUAAAACACCUUCUUCCCUCGACGCAGACCGCUCCAUCCUCAAUGCCCUCAACGUUUUCGACCGUGAAGGCGAGCUUUGCCGGAAUUACACCUGCUGUGGCCUCCACCUUAGCGACCUCCAUGCGCUCCUGGAGCACUUUGAGGAAGUCCACAUCGUCGUCGUCGACCCAAACAACGCACAGUCGCAGGCCCAUAUCCAGGUGCCCUUCAACCCACAGGUCAACGAGCUCUCGCCUCAGCAGCAGAUGCAGCAACGGACCUCGGGCAACCCUUCAGCCGCCGCGGCGCGCAACGCCUCUGCAGCAGCCCAGUUCCAGCAGCACCUCAACUCUCUCGCCAACACCGCCAUGCAGCAGAACCAGCAGUUCUCACAGUUCCAGAAUCACCAGCCACCCCCACCGACACCCUUCGACCCAGACGACAUGGAACUCGAACUCGAUCUAGACAACGGCGUCCCCCCACCAACAUCAUCGCUCCCACCAUCGGUGCCACCGUCCUCAGCUGCAAGCACCGCAACCUCGUACUCGCACUUUGCGUCGAGCUCCCGGUCGUCGCCAUCCAGUGGCGCGCCCUCCCCACCUGAUACUCCCAUCACCACCCCGUUGUCCGCCUACCCAUCUCCACAUGCUUUCGUUCCUAAUCACCUGCCGAAUGGUAACCCGAAUGGCAUUCUCUCACCCUACAUUUCUCAACCAUCGUCGCCUCUAUCAGGGACAGCAGCGAGCACCAGGCAGAAUUCACCCACCGGCUUCGGUGGCAAUGCCCAACACGGUACCAUCCGACCAAACCUCAAUCUCAACCUCAGUUAUCCACGCUCUCAGCUUAGCAAUUCGAACGUACUUGCCCAUCCCGAAGACGCAUUCAACACGUAUGCUCGUUUCGCUUCUGAUUACUCUAGCUGCUUGCCUGGCGCCCAGUUUAAUGGUGCGAGUAGGGAUGAGUGGGAACGGGUUCAUCAGCAGCAACAAAACCCUCAGGACCAACAGGUCGAGGGACAACAGCAGAGCGGAGACCAACCGCAAAUGUCUUGCCUCCCUCCUGCACUCUUGUUUGCCCCUAGUGGCACUUGUACUCCGGCCAGCACGCCCGGUAGUCGUGUUGGGAGUCCAAGUCCCGGCCAGCAACAGCAACAACAAGGUAGCAAUAGGUCGCCCCCUGUGUCAGGUGCUCCGGCCUUGGUCAAGUCCAAUACUGCUCCCGCUACACCCACCGGCGCGACUUCGGCGAACGGUCGACAGCAGAUGGCCAACGGUACCUCCACCACCACGCAUCACAAUACAUCCUCCCAUCACUCGACUUCAUCAACUUCUCUACGACCCGCCGCGUCGCUGCUGUUGUCCAAGCCGUUCCGAUGCCCGAAGCCGAAUUGCAACAAGUCGUAUAAGCAGGCGAAUGGGUUGAAGUACCACAUGACCCAUGGAAGCUGCAACUUUGCGCCGCCAAAGGAUCUGGAGCAUGUCAAGGAUCUGUUGGAGAGGAAGAGGAGGGAGAGGGAGGCGAAGGGUGCACCUGUGAACCGCCCCAACGGUGGUGCCAAUGACGGGACGAUUGGUGGACUCCCUUCGACGCUCGACACCCAGCUCCUCAGCACCUACUACGAUCUCAACCUGUCGUCGAUGAACAUCACUGAGACGGAGUUGAGGGAGGUGGAGCGGGAGGCUGAGAAGCGACUGCGGCCGUUUGCGUGUGGCGUUGGCGAUUGCCAACGCCGGUACAAGAACAUGAACGGCUUGCGGUAUCACUACCAGCAUUCGGGCGAUCAUGGCGCUGUCGGUCUCGCCCUGCUCGCGAGCGGGCAGCACGAGUGCUUGCAGAACGGCACCCAUGGACGCAAGAACCACCAUCACCAUUCCAGCUCGUCGAGUUCCACCACGCAUUCGUCCUCUGCCGCGACGACGACGAAUCAGGAGGAUGAGCGUGAAGGAAGGAAGAGGCAUUUGUUCAAGAACCAUUCGGCGAGCGUGCCUGUUAGUCGGGCGGGCAGUCGGAGCCGGACGGGUACCCCUAUCCCUGUGAGCGUCCCCGUAACGACCGUGAACAGUGCCAACACGAGUCCCAAGUCGGGUGUUAUGCCUAUGAACGCCGGUUCGACCACGUCGACGCCAGCGCCCCAUACGAGCACGUUGACGACUCCGAUCCAGGUUGUGCAGGUUCAGCAGGUGAAUGGUGUGGGGAUCAACACUGGGCUGCCGCCGAAUUCCGGGACUGGGGCGACGACGACGAGUAGUACGAGCUCGAGUUCGUUGAGCCAGGCGUUGGGCAAUACGCAGCCUCUUUCGAGGAGUGGGAGUCAGCCUGGUUCGCAGAGCACGUCUCCGUCUUUGGGGAGUGCUUCGACUGCUGGAGUGGGAGGACAACAACAGCAGCAGCAGCAGCAAUACACGCAACAGCAACAACAACAGAUUGCGGCUGCUGCGUAUCAGCAGUAUGCCGCGCAGAUGCAGAGGCAGUAUCAGGCUGCUAUUCAGGCUGCUCAGCAGCAGCAGCAGCAGGGGCAACACGGACAGCAGCACCAGCAUGGCCAGCAGGGGAUGUACGAUGCGCAAGGGCAGCAGUAUGCUUCUAUGGAUAUGUCGUAGAGGAGGGAGAUUAGAGAUAGAUUUUCCCCUCCGUCUUUGGUUUUGAACCUCGAAAGCAUACUCGACGCCGACGACCAGUCGACGACAUCCGAUGCACAUCGGCCCAACCAAAAGUAUUCAGACUACUACUAGUUCCUGGUUAUAUGUUUUUUUGAUCCCGAAAAAAGAAAUCGUACUUGUAUACACGGCGGCGCUACGAAUGUUUUUUUUAGUUCGUGGAGUUUGCUUUUAAAGCCUCUUUUUUCUUCUUCUUUGCUUUUUGUAGAUUAUACUCAGUUAUCUGGUCUCCUUCCUCUCUUCCUCGGUUCGGUAUCGUUUCGACAGUCUACUUAGUACUGCCUCUGGUUUUUAAAACUUUGGCUUCUCCCCCUGUUACGCGACCUCGACUCCAUUCGCUACUCCCUUUUUCACUACUAUGGGGGCUUGACUUGACCUCCUCGACAUCUUAUGCUAUUCUGUUUUUAUUCUUUGUUCUUUAUGUCUUCCGAGCUUCUUUUCCUAUUCCUUUUCCCUUUUUACCUCUUCUAUCGCCUUGCUUCCUCCCCCCUUGCUUCUCGUCGACCCACUCACGCUUGUUAAAUCUUUAAAUCUACCAAACACACGUUCAGGCGGCGCAUGUGACAUUUGUGCGUUGGUUGGAUGUGAUAGUUGCGUUUUUUUGCGAAAGUAUUUGUACUACCAGUUUUUGUCGUUAAUUUCUUUUUUGUGUAACCCUUUCUCCCUCCCUCUUGUCCUCCUUUUUCCGCGUCCCUUCCUCGAUCCUCAAUCGUCCCUUU